ACGAUGGUCAGUCGGGAAGAAACUACGAUUUGGUGAAGACCCCAUUUCUCUCUCCUCUCAACAUGGCGUACCUCAGGCGAUUGCCACCAGCCCUCUGCGUUUGCUUGAGUCUGCUCAGCGUUGCCUGGACACAAGUGAAUGCUCAGCUCAUGGGGGACCCUAUGCUACCUCCUACUUCUGAUACUCCUGCUGCUCCUACUACUACUGCUGCUGCUGCUGCUCCUGCUACUACUGCUGCUGCUGCUACUGCUGGUGAUAGUCCUACGCCAGCAACAGAAACCAGCGUCGCCGGAGGCACAGAGACUACCGCUGUCCCACCUGCUGUAGACACUACAACUGGGAACUCUAUCUCUGAAGGUGUAGACACAGAGACUACCGCUGUCCCACCUGCUGUAGACACUACAACUGGGAACUCUAUCUCUGAAGGUACAAUCUCAUGGACCCCUGUGAAACUGGAAUCACCAGCACCUGGUGGCCCAGUCCCAUCUGGGGCACUCGACGGUGUACCAGUCCUAACUGCCCUCGGCCCUGAGGCCCGUAACCUUUCAGGCUGUUGCUUGGAUGGCUUCAGGUACGACCAUGGUUGCCCAGCUGUCAUCAGUGGUGAUCCUAACAUCUGCACAAAUGGCGAAUGGAUUUCGCAAGGCACAACUACUGUUGGAGGAUAAAUCCUCACCAAAUCAGUGAACAUUUUGAAUGAGGUAAAGGGCCUCUGCCAAAACUCAAUUAGUAGUGCAUAAUUUGAAAAAGUCAGGUGUCAACAUGGAUAUACAAUAUACCCUCUGUUAUUGCAGAUAUGAGGUGUCAAAAUUAACUUUGAAAUAUAUCCAGGUAAAACAAGCGCUUACUUCACUGCCUAGAGAACUGUGGAAUUUGCUAAAAUUAAAUUGUUCUUGUCAGUAUUUUAGUGAUGUUAUUGAAAAGUUUUUCAAUCAGGAUUUAAUAAAGUGCUUAUAAAUAAAAUUAGUGAGUUUUUUUACCGUUUUGGAAAGUGAAUGAAGUGAAAAUCAGUCUAAUUCAAAUGAAAGCUUGACAAUUUAUAACCUGAAAAUGGUAACAAAGAAACAAAAAUUGAUAAGGGCUUAAUAAUUGAUAUCAGCACAUUCUUUACUAAAUUAAUGAAAGUACGUAUAUGUACAGUGAUACACUACUUUCAUGAAUGGAGAAUUCGUGUAUUUUUUAAAAAUGUAGUAGCCUCAAAUUCGACAUAUUUUCUGUUAAAACAGGAAUGCUUUCGUUGUUUUCCUUUGGACAAGGGCAAACCACACUGAUUUUACUGUGAUAAAUUUUUACUGUAAAUUCGAUUUGGCUGGUAUUAGGUUGAAUAAAAAUAACAGUUGGCAAA